UGUCGCUCGCGACCGACUAGCAGUAGAGUCCUCGCGGCGCGCGACGCUUUUGCCACGCAUUUCGCGGACCCUUCUCGGUUUCGCGUUCAAACCGCGGCCGUCGCGGAGCGCCGCGUUCCGGGCCGUCUUCCGAACGCGCUCGCCGGCGCUCGGUGUGGGCGUAGCCCGAAAUGCAGCGCUUUUUCUGGCCGUGUUGACAGUUGAAUAAACAAGCAGCAGCCCAGGACUCGCCGUCCACCAAAAGCAAAGGUAUGUGGAGCUGACGGGGCGCUACCCCGACGCUGCCCGCCGCUUCGGCGAACACCCCUCUGAACGAGAGUAGUUAGGGCCGCGGGCCCCUCGCCUCCAAGAUGGCCACACUAUCGCUGAAAAUAAGCAUUGUCGACAAGAAUGUAACGAAGACGAUGAAAUUCGACCCUUCGACUUCCGUCUUUGAUGCUUGCCGCAUCAUACGGGAGAAGAUAUCAGAAGCUAACUUUGGACAGCCUCAGGACUAUGGAAUGUUCCUUGCUGAUGAAGAUGUCAAGAAGGGUGUGUGGCUGGAACCUGGACGUAAUUUAGAGUAUUAUAUUCUUCGUAAUGGGGAUCUCCUUGAGUAUCGAAGAAAAUUGCGUACACUUAGAGUUAGAAUGUUAGAUGGAACACUAAAGACUAUGUUAGUGGAUGAUAGUCAGCCUGUUGCUAAUCUCAUGGUUGUUAUUUGCACAAAAAUUGGUAUCACUAACCAUGAUGAAUACAGUCUUGUUCGAGAAAAUGUGGAGGAAGAUACCGAAAAUCAAUCUAAAUUUGGCACACUAACAUUGAAGAGGAAAAAGGAAGAGAAAGAACGGGAUGCCAAAAUGGAACAACUGCGUAAAAAGUUAAAGACAGAUGAUGAAGUGAACUGGAUUGAUCCUGGUAAAACUUUGAGAGAGCAGGGUAUUGAUGAAAAUGAGGCUGUAUUGCUGCGGCGUAAAUACUUCUUUUCUGAUCAAAAUAUUGAUUCUCGAGACCCUGUUCAGCUGAACCUGCUAUAUGUGCAAGCUCGGGAUGCUAUGCUGGAUGGAACACAUCCUGUUACUCUUGAAAAAGCUUGUGAGUUUGCUGGAAUUCAAUGCCAUAUUCAGUUUGGAGAUCACAAUGAGCAGAAGCACAAACCACCCUUCCUUGAUCUGAAGGAGUUCCUUCCCCAGUCAUACAUAAAAGUAAAGGGUGUGGAGAAGAAAAUAUUUGCUGAGCAUCGGAAGCAUGUAGGGUUAUCAGAACUGGAUGCAAAAGUUGUUUACACAAAGACAGCCCGAGACCUGAAAACCUAUGGUGUUACAUUUUUCUUGGUGAAAGAGAAAAUGAAAGGCAAGAACAAACUAGUGCCUCGUCUCUUGGGUGUAACAAAAGACUCGGUGCUUCGUUUAGAUGAAAAAACCAAAGAAAUUCUUAAGACAUGGCCACUGACAACAGUGCGCCGGUGGGGAGCCUCCCCUAACACAUUCACCUUGGAUUUUGGUGAUUACUCAGAUCAGUAUUACUCCGUGCAGACCACUGAGGCUGAGCAAAUCCAGCAGCUCAUUGCAGGAUACAUCGAUAUCAUUUUGAAGAAAAAGAAGUCAAAAGACCACUUUGGAAUUGAAGGAGAUGAGGGUUCUACCAUGGUUGAAGACAGUGUUUCUCCACUCAAGGCAACUAUCCUUCAACAUGAAAGCAGUAAAAUUGGAAGAGUCAACACAGAGUCAGUGGCCAAACCAGCCAUCAUGCGUGCAGGAGCUGAUGGCGAACGACCCUAUGGAACUGGCCAUAUAGGUGGAGUGCAGUACACGACCACAACUGGCCAAAUCAAUGUAGGCCAUCAAGCAACAACGCUUCAACAAUCACAGGUGACCAAUCUGCUGUCUGAACCGCAGCAAGCAUUGUUAUCUACGAUAAACACUGGACAAGACAUAAUUGUAACAGUGGAGAAGGAGCUCAUUGAAAGCAUUGAGGUUCCAGAACUUGGAUCAGACCCUGCUUCGCUAAAAUGGAAGGAAUCCACCCUCGACACCAACAAGCAAAACGUAAGCUCCCAGAUUGCAGCGAUGAAUGCUGCCACGGCCCAGGUGGUGACGCUGACUGCUGGCCCACCAGAAGAAGUGGACCACACUGCCGUGGGGGCAGCCAUCACCACCAUCACCAGCAACCUGCCGGAGAUGACUCGGGGAGUGAGGAUGAUCGCCGCCCUGAUGGACGACGAGAACUCUGGGGACCGCCUGCUGGACGCAGCCAGGCGCCUGUGCAACGCCUUCAGCGACCUGCUGCGAGCUGCGGAGCCUGAAACAAGAGAGGUAACGCACCAACCGCGCCAGAACCUGCUGAACGCGGCGAGCCGCGUGGGCGAGGCCUCGCACCAGGUGCUGAGCAACAUGGGCGACGAGGACGAGUACGGGCGCGAGGUGCAGGACUUGCUGCUGGGACUGGCCAAGGCCGUGGCCAACACCACCGCGGCCCUCGUCAUCAAGGCCAAGAGCGUGGCCGCCACCUGCCCGGACCAGGGCACGCAGAACCGCGUCAUCGGCGCCGCCACGCAGUGCGCCCUCGCCACGUCCCAGCUGGUGGCCUGCGCCAAGGUGGUGGCGCCCACCGUGUCCUCGCCCGCCUGCCAGCAGCAGCUGCGCGGCGCGGUGCGCGAGGUGGGCCGCUCCGUGGACGGCCUGGUGAGCGUGUGCAACGAGUCCUGCAACGACGAGAGGCUGCUCCGCGACCUGGCGGCCGCCGCCGCCGAGGUGACGCGCACCCUCAACGAGCUGCUGAACCACAUCAAGUCGGGGACGCGGGAGAAGGCGAGGGAGACGAAGGAGGAGGACCACGUGGAGACCAUCUUGGUCACGACGGACAAGCUUGUCAAGUCGCAGGGUGACGCCGCCGAGAUGGUGAAGCAGGCGAAGCUGCUGGGGCAGGCGACGGCGUACCUCAUCCAGUCCAUCAAGGGCGAGGCGGAGCGGCAGCCGGACUCGGAGCUGCAGCGGCGCCUACUGGCCGCGGCCAAGCAGCUGGCCGACGCCACGUCGCGCAUGGUGGAGGCGGCCAGGCAGUGCGCGUCCACGCCGCACGACGGCUCGCGCCAGACGCAGCUGAUCCAGGCCGUGGAGGAGCUGCGCUCGGCCACCAUCACGGCGGCCAGCCCGCAGUACCGCCGCAAGCUCAUCAGCAAGCUGGAGUCCGCGGCCAAGCAGGCGGCGUCCUCGGCCACGCAGUGCAUCGCGUCGUCGCAGAGCGUGGCGCCGCACAACGCCAACAAGGCCUCGCAGGAGGAGCUCAUGAUAGACUGCAAGAUGAUGGCGGGGCUGGUGCCGCGCCUCGUGGAGGGCGUCAAGGGCACCAUGGCGGCGCCGGAGAGCCCCGACCGCCAGCUGGCGCUCAUCAACGCCUCGGAGCAGUUCCUGCAGCCCGGCGGCCGCGUGGUGCAGUCGGCGCGCGCCGUGCUGCCCACCGUGAGCGACCAGGCCUCGGCCAUGCAGCUCAGCAGCAGCUCGCAGUCGCUGGACUCGGCGCUGGGCGACCUCCGCUCCGCCGCGGUCCGCGCCAGGGAGGCGUGCUCCGGCGCGGAGCUGGAGGCGGCGUCCGACCUGAUCCGCUCGCUGCAGGCCGAGCUGCAGGCCUUCCGCCGCGCCUCGGAGCGCGCCGAGCUGCGGCCCCUGCCCGGCGAGACGGCCGAGACGGCCGCGCUGCAGCUGGGCAGCACCAGCAAGAGCGUCAACUUCGCCAUGGCGCAGCUGCUGUCCGCCGCGUCGCAGGGCAACGAGAACUACACCGGGCUCGCCGCCAGGGACACCGCCGCCUCCCUCAAGGACCUGACCAUGGCCGUGCGCGGCGUGGCCGCCACCACCACGGUCCGCGAGACGCAGGAGCGCGUCAUCACCUCCGCGGAGGACGUGAUGCUGCGGUCGCUUCGGCUCGUGGAGGAGGCGCGGCGCUCGCUGCAGAACCAGGACAACGCCGGCAACAUGGCGGCCGUGGCCAAGGACGUGUCCUCCGCGCUCAACGCGUGCGUCGACUCGCUGCCCGGCCAGCGCGACAUCGACUCGGCCAUCAUGUCGAUCCACGACGUGUCGUCGUUCCUCGCCUCGCCCGACCACUUCCCCGCCACCAACAAGUCGUACGGCCAGCUGCAGCAGGAGCUCAACUCGGCCGCCGCGGUGCUCAACGACGCCUCCACCGACGUGGUGCAGUCCAUCCACAGCUCGUCCGAGCUGGCCACGUCCUCGCGCAACUUCGGCGCGGCGUUCGGCGACGUGGUGAACGUCGGCAUGGAGAUGGCCGGCCAGACCAAGGAGACGGAGACGCGCACGCAGAUCAUCUUCUCGCUGCGCAGCGUGUCCACCACCUCGUCCACGCUGCUCGUGACGGCCAAGUCCGUGUCCGCCGACCCCAGCGCGCCCAACUCCAAGAACCAGCUGACGGCGGCGGCGCGCGCCGUCACCGACAGCAUCAACCACCUCGUGGACGUGUGCACCUCGGCGGCGCCCGGCCAGAAGGAGUGCGACAACGCGGUGCGCAAGAUCCAGAGCAUGAAGCCGCUGCUGGACCACCCGUCCGAGCCCGUCAGCGACCUCAGCUACUUCGAGUGCCUGGACGCGUUCAUGGAGAAAUCCAAGGCGCUGGGCGAGGGCAUGACGGGCAUCGCGAACCACGCCAAGCGCUCCGAGCACGAGCAGUUCGGCGAGUCGGUGCGCAACGUGAGCACGCUCAUCUGCGGCCUGGUGGAGGCAUCGGCGCAGGCCGCCUACCUGGUGGCCGUGUCGGACCCCACUAGCGUGGCCGGCAGGCCGGGCAUCGUGGACCAGGCGCAGUUCGCCCGCUCCGCCCAGGCCAUCCACCAGGCGUGCAGCUCGCUCACCAACCCCGCCAGCAGCCAACAGCAGGUGCUGUCGGCCGCCACGGUCAUCGCCAAGCACACCAGCCAGCUGUGCAACGCGUGCCGCAUGGCCUCGCUCAAGACCACCAACCCCGUCGCCAAGAAGCACUUCGUGCAGUCCGCCAAGGACGUGGCCAACUCGACGGCGCUGCUGGUCAAGGACAUCAAGGCCCUCGACGUGGACUACAGCGAGGAGAACAGGAAGUCGUGCCUAAAGGCCACGAGGCCGCUGCUGGACGCCGUGGACAGCUUGUGCACCUACGCCGGCUCGCCCGAGUUUGCCAGCCGGCCCGCCCGCCUGGGCGCCGCGGCCCACGAGGCCCAGGAGCCCAUCCUGGAGGCAGGCCGCGCCAUCGUGGACGGCUCGUGCAACCUCAUCCAGACCGCCAAGGGGCUCGCCGUCAACCCCCGCGACCCGCCCACGUGGCAGCUGCUGGCCAACCACAGCAAGAGCGUGAGUGACUCGAUCAAGAAGUUGGUGUCGUCCAUCAGGGAUAAGGCUCCUGGUCAGAAGGAUUGUGAUGCGGCCAUAGACACCUUGAGCUCACGAAUUAGAGAUCUGGAUCAAACGUCGCUUCUCGCCGUGUCUCAGAGCCUGCCUGCGAGACGCGACAACACGCUGCAGGGUUUCACUGAUCAAAUGGAGAGUUCUGUGAAUGAGAUCUCAGAGAAGCUUGAGCCCUUGAGACAUGCUGCUAAAUAUGAAGCAGAAAAUAUUGGCCAUGCAGUGACUCAACUAGUUCACUACAUUGAGCCCUUGGUAGCUGGGGCAGUGGGUGCUGCCUCUGCUAUGGUUCACUCCAAACAACAAAUGAGGUUGCUUGACCAGACGAAAACAACUGCUGAAUGUGCUUUGCAACUGGUUCACGCAACCAAGGAAGGUGGAGGCAACCCCAAAGCACUGAACAUUCACCCUGAAAUCGAUGAAUCGGCUGAAUCCACAAGGGAUGCUCUUCAGGAUUUGGCUGGCACACUUGAACAGCUUUCUACGCAAGCAGGCAUUGUAACUGGUCUCCUGGAUACAAUCACCCGAGCUAUGACUCGUGUUGCUGACAACCGCACAUCAGUGUCGACCACUACUGAAAUCACCAUCACUGAUAGCUUCGUUGACUACCAGACUCGCAUGGUUUCAUGUGCUAAAGAGAUUGCCCGCAUAGCUCAAGAGAUGGUUUCAAAGUCAGGCAAUGAUCCUGCCCGUCUUGGCCAGCUUGCCGCAGAACUUACUCAUCAAUACUGCAAGCUGGCAGCGGACUCCACUGGAGCGGCUAUGUCAACAACUAAUGCUGAUGUAUCUUCUCGGAUCCGCACCAGUGUGCAAGAACUUGGAAGGUCUUGUCUUGACCUUGUUGCCGCUGGUGGAGCUUGCCAGAUGGCACCCACUGGUGACACAUUUGCUCAGCGUGACGUUGCUGACAGUGCCAGGAAUGUCUCCGAAAAGGUGUCCCAAGUCCUUGCUGCCCUUCAAGCUGGCUCGAGGGGAACCCAAGCUUGCAUCAAUGCUGCUUCCACUGUGUCGGGCAUUAUUGGAGAUUUGGAUACAACAAUCAUGUUUGCGACAGCUGGCACCCUUAAUGCAGAAAGAGAAGACGACACAUUUGCGGACCACAGAGAAAAUAUUCUGAAGACAGCCAAAGCCCUUGUUGAGGACACCAAAACCCUGGUUGCUGGUGCUGCUUCAUCUCAAGAACAGCUAGCUGUUGCAGCCCAGAAUGCUGUUUCUACUAUUGUACAGUUAGCAGAGGUUGUUAAAUUUGGUGCUGCUUCCCUUGGCUCCAACAAUCCAGAGGCACAGGUGAUGCUUAUCAAUGCCGUCAAAGAUGUGGCAUCUGCUCUUGGAGAUCUGAUCCAUGCCACAAAGGCAGCAUCAGGCAAAAGCAUUAACGAUCCCUCCAUGAACCAUUUGAAAGACUCUGCAAAGGUGAUGGUGACAAAUGUAACAUCCCUUUUGAAAACUGUGAAAGCUGUUGAAGAUGAACACACUCGGGGAACUCGUGCAUUGGAAUCUACAAUUGAGGCUAUUGCACAGGAAAUCAGAGCCUUAAACUCUCCAGAGCAAGUCAAAUCUCAUGCUACUCCGGAAGACCUCGUUCGGUGUACCAAACCGAUCACUCUUGCUACUGCCAAAGCUGUUGCUGCUGGAAAUUCAUGCAAACAGGAAGAUAUCAUAAUAGCGGCUAAUGUAGGCCGGAAAGCAAUUUCUGAUAUGCUAACUAUUUGUCGAGGAUGUGCAAACUCAGCAGAAACCGAAGAAUUGCGUAUUCGUACUCUUUCUGCGGGUCAAGACACUGCAGCUCGCUAUCGUGAACUUUUGCAAGCAGUUCUGCAAUCCCUUAAUAGACCAGGUUCAUCUGAAGCCAAACAAGAACUACUGCCCAUUUCGCGGCUCAUCGCCCAGUGUGUCACUAACCUAGUGGCCAUGGCUGAGUUGCUCAAAGGUACUGACUGGGUUGACCCCGAUGACCCCACUGUCAUUGCGGAGAAUGAGUUGCUUGGUGCAGCAGCUUCAAUCGAUGCAGCAGCCAAGAAACUAGCAGCAUUAAGGCCACGACGCUCUAUCCAGGGAGUUCAGGAAGCCGAUGAAAGUAUGAAUUUUGAUGAAAUGAUUCUGGAAGCUGCAAAAUCAAUCGCAGCUGCAACAUCAGCAUUGGUCAAGGCAGCAUCAGCCGCUCAGCGAGAGCUUAUGGACCUUGGCAAAGUGAGCCGAAGGCCUUUGACCAGCUCUGAAGAUGGCCAGUGGUCAGAAGGCCUUAUUUCAGCAGCUCGUCUCGUGGCAGCAGCCACACACAGCCUUGUGGAAUCUGCCAAUGCCUUGGUGCAGGGUCUAGCAUCUGAGGAGAAACUUAUCUCGUCAGCUAAACAAGUUGCAUCUUCUACAGCACAAUUAUUAGUUGCUUGCAAGGUGAAGGCUGACCCUGAUGCAGAAAGCACUAAACGGCUUCAAGCUGCUGGAAAUGCUGUGAAAAGAGCAACUGAUAACCUAGUUAGAGCAGCUCAACAAGCUAUUCAAAAUGAAGAAGAGCGUAGCCUCGUCCUGAACAAGCGAAUGGUCGGUGGAAUUGCUCAAGAAAUCAAUGCAAGGUCGGAAGUGCUGCGUAUUGAAAGACAGCUCGAAGAAGCCAGAGGUCGUUUAACUGCCAUUCGACAAGCAAAGUACAAGAUGAAGGGAGGUGAUGCUAGUGCAUCUGAUGGUGAAACUGAUGGCUAUGGAAGUGGUUAUGAGUCCUUCACGACGAGGUACGACGGCAGAGGUCCCGGGCCGGACGGCCACGGGCCAGGAGGAGCUCCUUCGGGGCCUUCCCCCGGUGCCGGCCAUGGCUACCACCACCAACAACAGCAGCAACAGCAGCAGCAUCAGCCGCACCACUACCACCACUCGGGUGUCAACGGGGACUCCGCUCAGCCCCAGGCCAGGCACGGCGGCGGCAGCAGCUUUGGCCACGGCGCGCCGUCCUGGCAGAGUCCGGCCUACUCUAGUCCAAGCAACGCGGGGGUGGCGCAGUCGGCACAGUCCUACCCGCAGGGGCAGCAUGGCAGCCCGCACUUCACCGCGCAGCGCUCGCCGCCAGGCCUCAGCUCCUUCUCGAGCCACCCGCCCAGCAACAGCUACGCAACCUUGGCCACGCCGCCGCCAGCGGCCCAGAACAGCUUGGGCAGUGGCGUGUACGCCAGCGCGCACUCCACGCCCACCCCUACGGCCACGCCCACCCCAAGCCCGUACAGCCCUAGUCAACCACAGCACUACGGAGGCACCAGCACGUUCAAGAGCCCCGGGUCCGGGUCGCUGGGCUCUCUGGGUACGCCUCUGGCCAGGCCCAGCGCGUUCACUCCGCACGGCCUCGGCCUCGGCUCGGCGCCGCCCGUACCAGCCAGCCCGCAGCUCUACUCGCUGUCUGCGAGCACGAGCCAGGCCGGCAAGUCUGACAAGUCGGCCUCGGCCACGUCCUCGCCGGCAGGGCCGCUCAGCCCCUGCGUGGACGGCCGGCCCGGCCCCUUCGGCAGCUCCGUGUACAAGACGUACUCCUCCAGCAGCACUGUGGACCACUCGCUGCCUCCGCCACCGCCGCCGCCGCCACUGGACUACUCGGGCGCGUCCAGCAUGAGCACCAGCAACUUCUCGACCUUCUCGGAGAGCAACCUGGGGGACUUGGACCGGAACAUGACGUCUAGCUCUUCCAUGAGGGUGGCUGACGAUGGGUCCUUAGUGGAAACCAAGUCGUUGGAGCAGCGAAUGCUAAAACAGUCCAUGACACAGCGCACCGUAGAGAGAAGAACUUUGACCACAUCAUCAUCCUCCAAGACAUACCAACUUGACAACAACUAAUGGAUUAUGUUGUUGUGUUUGUAACAAAGUUUUUCAAAAGUCAAACCACCUGUUCAUCAAUUUUCUUUUCUCCUUUAUAAAGUUGUUAAAUUACAUCCAUGCUUCACACACAUGAAUUGGACCAGGUUGUAGUUGUAGGUUGUACACUUUCUGCAAUGUGGACAUCUGCUCAUCUCAUUCUCAAAUAUUGUUCACAUUUAAGUUCUAAUUUUUUAAAUGGUGCUAAUCACUGUGAUUGUUCCUAAACAUUCAUUGUGUCUCUUAGACUGAUGUAGUCUAAACAAGCUGUUCUUGAUGCUGCUGUGUUGCGGCCACAUCAGUGAUUGCCACUAAGUACUUAACACGUUAAAAAUGGAAAGCCUGCAUCAAUCUCAAUUUGCAUUGGACGUGUCUCUGUAGUACUUAUUCUACUGCAAUGUAUAGAGAGUUCUGCUCAGGAACACUCACUUAAUGGGACCGGAUAUAUUUUAAUCAUUGUUUUUAAUUUGGAAUAAUUUUCAUGUCCAGCCUUUCCUUUUCCUUUCUGUCUUUUCUUUCCUGCCUCCUCUUGUCUUUCCAUCUCUCUACUUGCUUUCUCUGUCUCUCUCAUCUAACUCAUUUCACUUCCUUCUCUAUAGUUUAUGUCUCGUCUUUCUCUCUGGCUCUCUCUUGCUUUUUCUGCCUCUCUCUCUCCAUCUCUCUCUCUCUCUCUAUCUCUCUCUCUUCUCUGUUGUAUCUGUGAUCUUUGACUUUCAUUUUUUUUUCCUACCACUCUCUAUUCUUCUCUCCCUCUCUCUCCCUCUCUGUUUUUCUCUCUCACUCUCUUUUUCUCAUUCACUCUCUUUUUCUCUUCUAUUUAUCUAUCAUCUCUUCUCCAUUACUUUCUUUCUGACCUUUCAAUUAUUUUCCUGUAGUUUGAUUUCUCCUUUUAUCCUAUGUUUUGUUGUGUGUGAAGAAAAUUCUGUAGGUUUUCUGGUCCCAGGUGAACUUCAAUGAGCUAAGUCAUUUAUGACACUUGUUUUCUUAUUUUUAGUAACACUAUGGUCUUCAUUGUAUGUUAAUGACUAUUGACAUAGUUUGUCUUUUUGGUGAUUAAUUAAUCAAUAAUAUACCUGGCAGACCAAUAUGAACGUACCUUUCACGGAUCAAAUAGAAUGGCAUUAUUUCAGCUGCAUAAGUUUACUUAGAAAUUAGAAAGCCUUGCAUCUGUUUUUUUUUUUUUUUAAUUUUUUUUUAUCCUUGUUUCUUAAUUUCUUACUCAUUGUGCCAACAGUUUAUGGUUUUCUCCUUUUUAUUUAUUGACAUAGCAGUUUCACUCUCUGCUUAUGUGUUGCCAUUUACUUUGUGUCAAAGAAAUCAACAUAUCGUUUGUUUUAAUAGAUUUUACUUAUAGUUUAUAACAUUGUUUUCAUUUUAAUUUCUGUUGAUGUAACGCAUCUAUCAUGGCUUAGUUAAGUUCUCUUCACAAUCAUUUCAUGACUAAUGAUAGAAGUUAGUGUGUGAUUUCUUUUUUUGCUCUAUUUUUGUCUCCAUCAUUGUUUAUAGUGGUUGGAGGCAAUUAAAUGCAGUGUUAGCCUCUAGACGGCUAAACCUAGUCCGUUGCAUGCAAAACUUUAGCCACUCUUAGUGUGGUGAAUAAAAGUUACUGCAUAUGCACCUAUCAGUGAAAUCCAUCCUCUUGGGAAGGGGGGUUAAAUUUUCAAAUUUGUGUGUGUGUGUAAUAUUUAGUUAAAAAAGAAAGGCAUUCAGUUCUGUUUUGUAUCUUCUUUUUAAAAAUAUAUUAAUAUAUCUGUUGAAGAGGAACAAAACCGUAGUUCAUUUGUAAAGUUGAUAAGUAGAAAAUUUAAAGCAGGGUUAUUUGGAAGAGCAAGUGCCUAAGAUAUUUACUGGUAUGAUUCGUUAAAAGAAAUUUUAUGUUCCAGGUGUGUAAAGCACUGUCUGUGACUGCCAUAUUUACAUUUUGACACACAUUAUCUUUGCUCUUGACCUUUAACUUUUAAUUUGCUUUGGAAGGCAGGCAGAUGGUGCCUGGGUUGGGGCUUUCCCCAUCAUUUUCCUGUACAUAGCUUUUAAAUGUUUCACUCCUCUCCAGACACCAUCUUCCUAAGUGUAUUGUAACUUGACAAGUGAGGAAGAAUUUCACACUUAGUGGCCUUGAUUCACUUAACUUUCUACUGUAUGAAUUUCGAGUUACAAGUUUUCAAGAUUAUGAAGUGUUCUAUUGUUAUUAAAGAGUUUAUCUAAAUCAUAUAUUUAAUGAAUUGUAUAACAAUGGUGCCUAUUCACAGAAUGCCUUGUAUUUUUGAACUCUUGUUGCAUGCAGUGUCACUUGAUUUGGCUACUGAAUAACAGCCGUAUCUUGCUUUAUGAGGUAGGACACUAGUAUGUUGCCCUUGUAAAUUUUUAAAUAAAAUUUUUAAUUAAUCAAAUGUU